GUAACUACCAUUUAUAUUAGUAAUUGUUUCAUCAGUAUAAUUUAACAUUAUGACUGGAUUAAUUAUAAUUAUCCACUUACUAUUAAUUCUAUCAUCAAAUAUAGAUGGUAAAUGUAAUGAAGAAGGUGAAGCAUGUAGUAAAACAUUGGGAACUCGUUGUUGUGGUGAAUUAGUUUGUAAAUUAUUUAAACCAUUUAAAGGUAGAUGUACUAAUCCAACACGUAGACAUUCAACAAACUGGUAGAUAAAUGUUGUCUUGUUUAUUUUUAUUGUAUUGGCAAGACAAAAUCAAUGAAAAGAAAAAAAGAUUAAAGUAAAUUACAGUAAAAAACAUUUUUAAAAUAGAAUGUUAAUUUAACUUCAAGUUUUAAUCUUAAUUCAUUGAAUGAUGAAGAUAUGAUCUUUGAAGUAUAUUUUGAACUCGGACUUCAAUCGAUAUAAGACUUUCUUGUUCUAUUAACUUGUAAGAUAGAAUCUUAAGCAAAACAUUAAUAUUACUAUAUGUCCUCAGUUAGCCUAUAUGGUGCUAAUAAAACGGCUUAGGGAUUUAGACCAAACGAUAAGUAACGUGUAAAAUCCUGAAAUCAAACCAUGAGAUAUGUCUACAAAAUACGAUAUGAUUAUUAAUGACAAUA